AUGUAUGGUGGAUCGCGUGCGGCUGAGGACGAUGCGUAUUUCAUUUUCUGCCCCUCCAAGACUCGCCAUCAUGUCCCUUUCUCCAAGACAUCAUGCUACAGUGAACAGGAAACCGAAAACGAGUUCCCCUUCCUCGAGGAGGUAUACACCCCUCCCUCACAGUCCAAGAUCGAGUACGGGUCCUUCCUCAUCUUUUUCGUGUUUGUCCACGGUCUCAAUCCCCGUGGCAGAAGUGACCACCCAUACGAAACAUGGCGCCAUCAGAAUGGCACCUUCUGGCCGAGGGAUUAUCUGCCGCAGGAUAUCCCGCACGCGCGGGUGUUUGUGUACGGAUACAACUCGAACGUGACGAACCCGCAGGCCAUGUCAACGGCGAGUGUGAAGGACCAUGCGAAUACGCUGUUGAAUCUGCUCGAUAUGGAGAGGAGUCCGCAGCUGUCUGGGGGCUUAGUGAUUAAACAGGCUCUGCUCAAUGCGCAUGAAGAUCCCAAGUAUACAGCUAUCCGGCUGGCAACCUGCGGACUCGUCUUCUUCGGGACUCCUCAUCGUGGCGCCAAAGGUGUUGAAGUCGGCAAGAUCGCCGCCAAGGUCGCUCGCUUCGUAUCGAAAGGGCAUGCGAGUAAUGAGCUGCUAGAUUGUCUCGAGUACAAUUCACUCUUCACGCGGCAGAUGUCUAGCCGUUUCAGUCACCAGCUGGAGGAUUACCGGGUCGUGAGUUUCGUGGAGGGUAAGGAGGUGUUGAUUGGAGGCGCAGGCCCGGCGUCCGUCAGCCAUCUGGUUGUGGACGAAGAGUCGGCCGUGCUGGGCCUCCCCGGCAAUCGGGAAACCCGACUCAAACUCGACGCCGACCACUCGCAGAUGUGCAAAAUCGGGUCGCGCGGCCCCAUGUACAAACUCAUCAAGGGCAACAUCAAGCAGAUCGUCGACCAAGUCCUCGUCGCCGAACAAGGAUACAUCCCGCAACAGUCGACGUCGCCUCAUCCGGGCCCACCACUACCUCCGCGCAUGCAUACCAACAGCAGCUCGCCUUACCCUAGUGCCACACCUCAGACGACCGCCCAGCGCAUCGUGGGGACAAUGUACGUGGCGGCCGACAGCGACCCGCGCUCGAUACAGGCGGCCGAGCACAAGAACGCCGGGCGCUGGGAUCAAGCCCGCAACUUGGAGUAUGCCAUUUUCCAGGAACACUUGCGGACGCUGGGCCCGGAUCACAACAGCACGAUUGUGGUGGGCUACAAUCUCGCCGAGAUCGACCUCGAGGCCUCGUACCUCGCCAAAGCAACCGAAUGGUGCAAGUGGGUAUCCGACCAGGGCCAGCGGAUACUAGGACCCCGACACCCGCUGACCCUGCGAGCUGAGAGCCUAAUGGGCGAAAUCCUCUGCGCACGAGGCCGCUACCAGGAAUCCGAGUCGGUGUGUGCGAACGUUCUCGCACGCCAGCAGAUGAACAUCGGCGACGACGACCUCGACACGCUCGAGACCCGCCGCCGCCUCAGCAUGGCAUACAGCAAUCUCGGCCAGGAGCAGAACGCAAUCAACAUCGCCGAGAAACGCCACGAAGCCCUGCAGCGCAUCCUUGGCCCGCAGCAUAUCCGCGUGCUGGCCUCCGCGCUCGAUACCGUCGAGGUGGUGAUCACGUCGCGCACGCAAAACGCCGAGAAGUUCCUCGAGAUGCGCUUCAGCGGGGAGAUCGCCAACACGACGGCGCAAACGGGCCAGAUCGCGCGCGAGGUGACUGACCUCCUCGGGCCGCGGCAUCCGCUUUCGCUGCGCGCGCUGCGCCUACAGGGGAUCCUGCAGAUGCUGCAGCAGGAUUCCACCACUGCAUCGGAAACACUGCGGCGGGCGCUGGCAAUCGCAGAGGAAACGCUCGGGCCGGACCACACGGAGUCGAUGGCCCUCGUCGCCACCAUCGGGAUCAUGUACACGCUACACAGCGACGGGGGCAACUACAUCACCUCCGACGUGCAGUCCAUGCUGGAUAUGCUUGCGCAGCUGCACCUCGGGCGGCAGCAGUAUACGGAGGCGUCCAAGUACUACGAGCGGCUGGUGGAGUCGUACCAGGCGGCAGGGAUGGCCGUUCCGUCGCUGGUGCAGACGAAUCUGCAGACGUGUCGCACGCAUACCAUGCUGCUUACGCAGUACUCGUCCCGGGGAGCCGGGUCGGCUAUUGAGGGGAUACUGAAUUCGUUUGUGAAGAAGCGUUUCUAG